GUGGCCUUGCCAGCUCUGUCCCCCACCAUGCAGAUGGGCACCAUCGCGCGCUGGGAGAAGAAGGAGGGCGACAAGAUAGGUGAAGGGGAGCUCAUAGCAGAGGUGGAGACAGACAAAGCAACAGUUGGCUUUGAGAGCCUGGAGGAAUGCUACUUGGCCAAGAUCCUGGUGCCAGAGGGAACAAGAGAUGUUCCUAUUGGGGCCAUAAUAUGUAUCACAGUAGAAAAGCCUGAACAUGUUGAUGCCUUUAAAAAUUACACUCUGGAUUCUGCAGCGUCUGCCCCCCCCGCAGCCUCAGUGCCUCCCCCUCAAGCUGCAGCUCCCUCAUCACCACCCCCGCCUUCUCCUCAGGCUCCUGGCAGCUCUUAUCCUCCUCACAUGCAGGUCACGCUCCCUGCCCUGUCGCCAACCAUGACAAUGGGCACGGUGCAGAGAUGGGAGAAGAAGGUUGGGGAGAAACUGAAUGAGGGAGACUUACUGGCAGAAAUUGAGACAGAUAAAGCCACAAUAGGCUUUGAAGUGCAGGAGGAAGGCUACUUGGCAAAAAUCUUGGUGCCUGAAGGAACAAGAGAUGUGCCGUUAGGAACAGCUCUCUGCAUCAUUGUGGAGAAAGAGUCCGAUAUUCCAGCCUUUGCUGACUACCAAGACACCGCGGUAGCUGACAUGAAGGCACAAGCUGCUCCUCCUCCGCCUCCACCUCCUCCUCCACCAGUGGUGGCAACUCCCGCUGCUGCUCCUCCUCCCCAGCCCGCUGUUCCUUCCGCGCCAGCAGUUCCCACAUCUGGGCCUCCCCGGAAAGGAAGGAUCCUGGUUAGUCCCCUGGCAAAGAAAAUGGCAGCAGAAAAAGGAAUUGACCUUGCCCAAGUGAAAGGUACUGGACCAGAUGGAAGAAUCACAAAGAAAGACGUGGAGUCGUUCGUGCCACCAAAGGUUGCUCCAGCGCCAGCACUGGAGGCCGUUCCCCCUGCGGUUGCAGCAGCGCCAGUGGGGACCUUCACAGAUGUCCCUAUCAGCAACAUUCGGCGGGUCAUCGCUCAGCGGCUGAUGCAGUCCAAGCAAACGAUACCUCACUACUACCUUUCUAUUGAUGUCGACAUGGGAGAAGUACUGGUGCUAAGGAAGGAACUCAAUCAGGAGGUCUCGGACAACAUUAAGCUUUCUGUCAAUGACUUCAUAAUUAAAGCUUCUGCUCUGGCAUGCCUGAAGGUGCCCGAGGCAAAUUCUUCGUGGAUGGACACAGUUAUUAGGCAAAACCACGUGGUGGAUGUUAGCGUUGCAGUCAGCACUCCUGCAGGGCUCAUAACCCCCAUUGUGUUUAAUGCACAUAUAAAGGGCCUGGCUUCCAUUAGUAAGGAUGUGGUGUCUCUGGCAACUAAAGCCCGAGAAGGUAAACUUCAGCCUCAUGAAUUCCAGGGUGGCACUUUCACGAUUUCCAAUUUAGGAAUGUAUGGGAUUAAGAAUUUCUCUGCCAUCAUCAAUCCACCUCAAGCCUGCAUCCUUGCCGUUGGUUCCUCAGAGAAAAGGCUGGUGCCAGCUGACAACGAGAAGGGGUUUGAUGUGGCCAGCGUGAUGUCCGUUACGCUUAGCUGUGACCAUCGUGUUGUAGACGGAGCAGUUGGAGCACAGUGGCUUGCUGAAUUCAAGAACUUCCUUGAAAAGCCAGUAACCAUGCUGCUAUAAUUUAACCGUGCAAGCAAAACUUUCCUGGGUCACACUGUUUUGUUUCAGACAAGCUAUCUAGACUGUAGUGUUCAGACUUAUUAAAAGAGUUCCUUUUUUAUUUUAAAUAUGUAUUAUAUUACCUGGUAAUGUUAUUACCAGUCUGUACAGAAAAAAA